AUGUCCACCCGUCUUAAUGGCCAGGCUUACCGCUCCGAGACAUUUGUAUUUGUGCAGGUUAGCUGGCCUUGGCUGAUACUUCCCAUCGGGUUGCCCGUUUUCACAAUUCUCCUACUUGUGACUAUGGUGAUUGUAACCAGACCUCAGCGAGUUUUGUGGAAAUCCUCUGUGUUUCCGCUAUUGAUGAGUCGGUUGCAGCUUGCCGAGGAGCACAAAAUCGCGCAUUUACACCAUCUUGGUCAGGUGGAAACCAUAUCCAAGAGAGUCAAAGUUAGGAUCAGUGAAGAGGAGGACUCCCUUGUCUUUUCUGAGCUAUAG